UACUUGGCUGCUACCUGCCUGUGCCGCUCGUUUUCUCUGCCUGCCUCCUACCUCCCCACCACGUUCUGCCCUGCGCCCGCAGCCAUGUGUCGGACCCUCACCGGCUUCCCCACCACCUGCUUGGAAAGAGCUAAGGAGCUCAAGUCCCGCCUGAGCACUCUGCUCCACAAGCCAGACCAAAGAAAAGCUUAUAGGAGUGGAAAACAAGAGAGGACCAUCUCAGAGGAUGUACAGGGAUGGAAAGAAUCCUUCGAUGCACUGCUGAGCAGCCCAAAUGGGAUAGCUGCCUUCCGUGCCUUUUUGAAGACCGAGUUUAGCGAGGAAAACCUGGACUUCUGGCUGGCGUGCGAGGAGUUUAAGAAGAUCCGUUCAGCAUCCAAGCUGGAGGCCCAGGCUCGCCGGAUCUUCGAGGAGUUUGUGUGCUGCGAAGCCCCCAAGGAGGUGAACCUGGACCACGAGACCCGUGAGCUGACCCGGGCAGGCCUGCAGGCUACCCCCCGCAGUUGCUUUGAUGCUGCACAGUUCAAGACCCGCACUCUGAUGGAGAAGGACUCAUACCCCCGAUUCCUACGCUCCCCUGCCUACAGGGAUCUGGCCAAGGGGAUGGGAGUCCUGUGCUGCUCCCGACCCUGA